CGAUGCUUGACUCGUGUGGGGUUUUUCACUGCGUUUUAACACGUUGUGACUUUAUUAUAAGAAAGCAUCGAUGCUUAAACUUAUGAUGACGUAGUUAACAACAAAGUCCAGACUUGUGGAUUGAGGAGGUGCUCAGGAGGAUUCUGGUGUCGUCUUUGUGGUACAAGUCGCAGAAAAUUGUGGCGGUCCAACUUCACGGCGGUUCGCUUGGCAGUUUUAAACGGUGGAGCUGUAUGUGUAGUGUAGGUAAAUGUCGGUCACGGUUAUAUAUUUCGGAGUUUCUGAGUUGGAGUUGCUGUUACUACGAGACGAACAGUUGAGCUGAGCGGAGUUCAGGCUUUGAGUCGAGGCAGCAGCAAGCAGCGAGGAGAGGACGAGUCCAGACACACGACCUCCUUUCUCCUAUAAGAAUAUGUUUAAUUUGCUCGAAAAUUGGUCUCCAAAAUCUUCGGACUCAUGGUGAAGAGAAAGAAGAUCUACUCCGGCACUGAAGAGCUGGAAAAUGGGAUGACAGUGGGCCAGCAGGCCGGCUCGGGAGUCGAGGGCUCGAACAAACCCAUCCGAAAGCUCGAAUGCUGCGAGGAAGAGGAGAGCGCGGAGAGGACACCGAGCGAGCAGCCGAGCACAAAGAGGGACGGCGAGGAAGCGCCGAGUCCGUGCGCCGCGCUCGCCUCCGAUUCAUCACCGAACCCGUCCGGAACACAGCCGACCCCCGCGGGCCUGGGCUCCCCUCCGGCCGUUCACGACCAGCAUCACUUCCUCCGCUCCAGCGUGCGACCUCCGAGCAAACGGAUCCGCAAAGACGGGCCCGCGGUGAACGGACACAGCGGCACGAAAACCAAAGGGAGUGAUGCGGUUCCUGCUGUGUCUGCAUCAGGCCAUGCAGGCUCAGGAGGUGGUGUUGCAGCUGGAGGAAGCUCUCGCUCUGCCCCUAGGAGCCAGGGUCCGGUGGAGAAAGAUGAAGGAGGGAAUCAAAAGCGUGCACGUAGACAGUGGGAGUCCUGGAGCACUGAGGACAAGAAUUCAUUCUUUGAAGGACUUUAUGAGCAUGGGAAGGACUUUGAGGCCAUACAGAAUAACAUUGCUCUGAAGUAUAAGAAAAAAGGCAAGCCUGCUAGUAUGGUGAAGAACAAGGAGCAAGUUCGCCAUUUCUACUACAGAACCUGGCACAAGAUCUCCAAACACAUCGAUUUCAAUAACGCGUAUUCCCGUGUCCUGAAGAAAUCCUCACAGGAGCUCUAUGGGCUCAUAUGUUAUGCCGAGCUCAGGAAGAAGGUUGGAGGCUUGAUGGAUGACAAGAACGUGUCCAGAUUGAAUGAACUCAUCAUGCAAGGGGCCACCACGGUUCGCUCUAAAGGCAGGAACCUGAGGAUCAAAGCUCCCAUGUGUCGUGCCCUGAAGAAACUGUGCGACCCAGAUGGAGUGAGUGAUGAAGAGGACCAGAAGCCAGUUCGGUUGCCACUGAAGGUUGCAGUGGAGCUGCAGCCACGUAGUAACCACUCUUGGACUCGGGUUCAGAGUCUGGCCCAUAAUCCUCGUCUCCGGAUGGUCGUGGAGCUGCACAGGAAAGUGUCGAGUCUUAUCGAGUUCCUGAAGCAAAAAUGGGCAGUUCAGGACCAGCGAAUUCUUAAGAGUCUGGCAGAACGGGAGGCUCUAGAAGGUGUAGCACUUCCUGGUGAGUCAGAAGAUCUGUUCCUGUAUCCAGCAGAAAGCAGCACAAUUACGGUUUUGCCUGGUGUAGCACGUGUCGUUCACUCCAAGGCCUCCUGCACUGUCCACUGGCAGGAGACUGGGCGUGGUCGACCAGGUGUAAGAGACCUGCCAACUGCCCAGAUCCUAGGGAUUCAGCCUGUCCGAGGGACAGGAAAACCAGGCAAGGGUGCCUCUGGAGGUGGAGACAUAAAACGAGCCGAAGGACAAGUACCUGAGAGUUCAGAAGGGAGCAGUUGCGCUUCUGGGACAGAGAACACUUUAAACAUGGCCCACAACACUACCACUCCUUCUGUCACUCCAACUUCUACAAAUCUGCCGCCUUUCCCAGGACAGGAAGGCAGCGGGACUGGGACAGCUGAUUCUUUAGGCACAUCUCAGUCCCAGACGUGUCUUAGUGGCACGAGUAAAGACACUGUCAGUCCAGGAGAACCCAUCCUGGCGGACAACAUUAUAGAGACUCCUUCAGUAGGUGGUAAUGCAGCAGAAGGAGCUGUUGCUCCUCCACCUCCUCCUCCAGAGCCUGCAGGCCGAGUGGACGAUGCAGCCGGGGCUGGUCGCUCGCCGCAGCAGAUCCGUGAGGAGGGCUGGAGCUCACAAGGUGCAGAAAACGUCACUCUAGCCGAAAUCUACCUCAUGAUGGGCAAGCCUGGAAAGCUGCAGUUAGAGUAUGAGUGGCAGCCCAAGUCCCGCCCUUCAGCCCUGCCCACCACUCAGAGCGUGCUUCGGUGCCUUCUGAGACUUGUCUCUUCAGAGGUCAACCCCAAACCUGCUUCAGACACAUGUUCUGUAGGGACGUCUCCCAUCAAGCUGGGUCAGGAGGAGCAGUCUGUGACACCUCCAGGCAAACCUCCAACUGUGGGAACCCGCAGCCCCAACUGUGGGCGGCAGCAACACACAGCACGCGCCAAAACACUGCCUACUACAGCUGGCACAGGUGGCCGGAAUCUACCACGUUCUCUGUUGGUUUCUGGCAGUGAUGGUGAUGGGGGUGUGUUUGCGGUUCCAACAACACUGCCACCGAACAGCUCCCGCCACUUACGGAUGUUUUCUCCUAAUAAAGAGGCGGAGUUGGCUUUCCGUCAGCAGCUGGACUCGAUCAGCUCAGAUAUUUUCCUCCAUAAGGCAAGGAAAACAGGAAGGGGCCGUCCAUUGAGGAAGCCACUUGUAGUGCAGAGAACAUUGUUGCCUCGGACAACAGGAGAUGCCUCCCAGCAUGUUUGCUCUUUCUCAAUUCUCUCCAGCUCUUCAGCUACUGGCACUGGUUCUUUUCGGCCCAUCCAAAGCCGGCUCUCGGCAUCCCGACCCCUUGCACUCAAAGCCACUUCCACUACAAUAAAUACUGCUUCUUCUAAUCAAUUGUCCAGUGCAAUUGACCUGGCAGCAAAGUCUGCAGGCAUUAUACCAGGAAGCCCGUGUCGAGAAGUGGAGGCCACGGCUCUAGAGUCGAGCCUUUUGCCACCUGAGGCUGCCACACCUCCGGCACCUUCAGACCCCGAACCUGAACCUGAACCUGAGCCCGAGCCCAAUCCUGAGAUGCUGCAUCAAGACACAGAGGGCUCGUUGCAGAAUGGGGUUCCUCCGCCGUCUCCAGGAGGUGGAGACUCCCUAUUGGCACCUCCUAGUGUUGCCUCACUGUUGGACAUUUCACUGCCUGGCCCUCCAGAUGAAUCCCUUCCUCCUGGAGAACCUCACACUCACAUCAGCGACUCCAUUAUUGAGCUUGCCAUUAGUUCUUCACACUAUGGUGAAGGAUCGUCUCUUUCUCCUCCCAAGCUCAAUGGGAAUGACCGGUCUAAGCUUGUCCCCUCCCUCCCUGACAGUCCCGGCCAUAGCUGGAUGCCAUCUCCUAUGCACGAUCCGCAGUGGUACCCCAAUGACUCUAGCGAUUCCAGUCUGGGCUGCUUGCUCUCAAGCCUGGUGUCGCCAGAUAAAACCCGGAGGACUGUCCUCCCCCCUGCAGGGCCCUCCAGUGGUACAGCCUUACUUGGCCCCAGCCUGCUUGACAGUAACUCCCAUGAUUCUUUUCAGGCACGUGGCCUGCAUGACGUUGUUGAGGUGGAUAAUCAACUGGCCUGCAUGAUGAGUGAGAACAGCGUCGACUACAUCGCCCGCUUCAACGACCUCGCCCAAGAGCUGUCUGUGGCCGAGACGAGCCUCCCUCCUCCAUGAGUCUGCGCUGAAAUGUCAAAUCAGGAGGAGGAGAAUGAGCUUGUUGCACCACCACGGCACUGCGGGAGAACUCCAGACUCAUCAGUCCGAAGGAGAGAAUGUUUAUGCGAUUCAUCUUGGAUGUGCAAUAAAGACACUCGAUCCUUGAUCAUCAGAAUCGAGUGUGCGUAUGGGAAUGGGUGCCUGCCCAUCGUUUUGUGGCGUGCGUUCCACACUUGGGCCACUUUUUAAACAAACUUGUUUACAAAGCAACCUCAUGUAUAGAAAUUUGCCAUAUCAGAACAAAGAUUGCCUCCUCACUUCAUUUUGUCGGUCCUACUCUGUUCUGUGUGAGCCAAGGCUGCAGCUCAGCUGUUUUGUCUUAGUGACAUUGUUUCUCCAAUGAUACUAAUGAUCUGUCUUCGAUCAUCCUCCUGAAAAAGCCAUAAGUGUGUGUACGUAGUACACAACAUACAUGUCUUCAUAAUGUGUGGCGUCAUAGUCUGAUUGGCUUUGCCAGAUGUAAGAAAUUAUUAAAACACUGCUAGAAAGUUUUUUUUUUUGUUAAUGGGAAAGACUAGGACUAAUUGGAAACUCCUCCAACACUAACAAAGAGCUAAGCGAAAAUAUACUUGGCUGUAUUUAAGUAGUAAAUGUAUAUUAAUCUAUUACUUCAAGACUCCCUAAAUUAAAUAAUAAAGUAACCGAUUGCCCUACGGUUUGAUGUUUUAUGUUCAACACUACGUUUUAUUGUAUGCAGUUUUAUUGAAACCAGCGAUUUUAGAUUGUUGUGAGCUUUCUGUCUGCGAUGGAAUGAAUGUUUUUUAUGUAAAUAGACCAUAACAGAUUCAAGCACUGACUGUGCUUUUAUAACAUACUGUAAAUUAUUUCGAUUAUUUAUUGAUUUACAUGUUGCAACUGUGUUUACUUUCUUUUUUUUAUUAUUAUUUUAGAAGGCAUCAAAGCUUAUUUCAGUUGUUUUGAAGAUUUCCGUGUUUGUACAAAAAGGGGUUUUAUGCCACCAUGUAAAUAUAAAUUUCCCA